UCUUUAUAAUAUUAGUAUAGAUUCGUUCAAAUUUUAAUAAAUUAGUGUCAAAUAUCACUCAAGUAAAUCAUUAUUUUCAUUAGUUAAUGUAACUAUUUUUUUAGUUAGAAAAACAUUACAUUAUUACUGCAAGUAAGAUUCACUGAAUCUCUGUGUUGCAUAAUGUACUGUCAUUGUUUUUAUUUAACUAUUCAACGUAUUUUAAACAUGUUGAUGUUUUAUUUUUAUAGUCAGCAUUUAGUUUUCAACCACCGGAAAGGUUUUUUUGUUAAUGUGGAAAAUAUUUUUUUAUGUUUGCUAUUACCAUAAUGAGAAGUAACAUAAUAAAUAAUUUAAACUCAUUUAUAUGUAAUCUCAUAUUGUAAUUUUUAUAAUAAAAUAAAUAUCAUUAAUUAUCCCAGCGGCCUAAUGUGAGUUACGAAAAUAGCUAAGUGACUUACUUUACCAAAAGUUAACGUGUUCAUAUAAUACAAUUUAUUAUAUUAAAGGUCAAACCAUAUAAUAAAUAGUACCUACAACUGAACCAUUCCAUUAAUAAUUAUUACUAUUAUUGUCUCAUAAUUAAGUAUUAUUUUAUUACUAUUAAAAUAUCUAUGUAUCACAAUUUUAUUCUUUUUAAUAUUAUAAAGGUGCAUAGCUAUUCGGCUGAGUUUAAAAAAAGAACGUAUUCAAAAAAUCUCGUCUUUCUUUUUAUAAAAAAAAACUUAGAUAAAAAAAAAUUUUGCUAAAUGCGUAAUAAAAUAUUUUUGUAACGUAAAAUUUAUCGCAUGUAUGGAUUAUAAUUAUAAUGUAACUAUGUUAAUUUGAAAUAAAAUGUAAUUUAGCAUUUAUAUGUAGUUAUUUUAUUAGUGUUUAUGUUAUCUUCACUAUAGUUAUUAAUGAAAUGGGCGUAAACUAUGUAAGUAAUGCUUUUUAGUUUGCUUUUCUUUGUAGGGACAGGAAACGUUCGUCGUAUAAGGUACAGUUAGAUAAAAUGUGAUUUUUUUGUCUUUUAUCUAGACGUAAGUGAUAAAUGUUUGUAUGUUGAUAAAAGUUGAUGAAUCUAUAGUAAUGUCGCGGAUGUUUCCCGUCUCUACAUGUUGCUUGCUGUUACCAUUCGUUUGGGAGUACAAUGUGCGUGUGCCAUGCAAUUGUCUCAAGUUCUUCAAUAACUUCCAGGUCGAGCUUGAGAAACUGAACGCAGCCACCGAUGAGAUCAAUAAGCUGGAACUGGAACUAGACGAGUCUAUGAAAACAUUCCAUCUGCUGCUGAAUGAGACUUCGCGGCGACUGCAGGCGUGGACCAAGCGGUUGGGAACGUGUGUGGACAAGUCCAGACCUUACUAUGAUGCCGUUGGAGUGGCAACUACUGCCAGACAAGAGUGCCAGAAAGCUGCUGUGCAGUUCCAGAGGGCUAGUGAGCUGCAUGCUGCCGCCAAGGAGACGGUGACGCUGGCCGAGCAGCGGUUUGUGAGCAAGCAAGAUGAGUGGCAGUUCGACAGCAACUGGCAGGAGGUCCUCAACCAUGCCAUUAUCAAGGUCAUGGACGCUGAGAAGCGGAAAGCGGAGAGCGGGCGAGAACACCAGAGGAAGGCGGCCGCAUACAUCGCAGCUGAGAAAAAGGUGACACAAUUAGAAGAGAACCUAAAACGGAACAUCAUAAAGUCACGAGUUUACUUCGAAGAGAAGAAACUGUGCGACGAACAAUUACAAACACAGAAUGAGAAAAUUGAGAAGUUACAACGACUCAUAGCUGACGCCAAGUUCAGAUACUCGAAGUCUCUUAAAGCACUUGAAAAAAUAUCGGAAGAGAUUCAUAGAAGACGGGGAGAGUAUCCACCGGAUAAGGACUCGAUACCCGUCGGUCCUCGAGAGCCAGGUGUCGGCGCAGAAAGAGACGCCAUCCAUGACGAAGACGCAGCGAAAGCUGAACAUGAGAAAGACGAAGAUUCUAGUCUCCAAGAACUGAGAAUGCGCGUCAGAGAACUCGCUUCCAAACCUAUAGAGAAAGAUAUUGAAACCGACGAAGCGUGGGCUCUGGAACUUAACGAGACUAUCAACAAACUCGACCAAUUGCUAAUGAUGAAGGAAAAUAAUCAACAGAAGAGGUCUAAGUUCACCGCUAGCUCUCCUAGGAAUUCUAGCGCGCCCUCCACCAGUACUAACACUGGUAAAUACAUCGAUCCACCGAGUGAUAGCUGGAAGACUGAGACUAACUUAACUAGGACCAAAUCUAUUAGCAAGGAUGUGGUCUAUGAGCACAGUAACCCACCGAUUAGUAAGACGGAGAAGUCUAAAAGUAUGAUGUCUUUAGACGUCCUCGCCUUAGCUAGAGACACGAACAUAAUGGAUAGGGAAUCAUAUCUUAAAGCUGUCAUCGAAGACAAGUCCCCUACAGGGACGUAUACUGAGAGUAAUUCGGAUCGAAAUGACACCCCUGACGAGAUCCUGAUGGUGGAAUGUGACUCCAGUGACUCCAAUCAAAACCCUGUCAUCAGGAUGACCAGCUCCACUGUCUCUGACAGCGACAACAGCUAAAUAUUUAUGACAAACGAUGAAUGAAACAUUACAUUUCUUUGAUUGGUUGUGGAAUCUAAUAUUUACUAAUUUUAAAAUGAUUUAAAAAUGGAAUAGAAUAGACGGUACCGUCUUUUUGUAAAAAAAAGAAAUGGUCAACGGAAAUUUUGUUUGUGAAAAAAUGCUUUAAUUUUCUUUUUGUUAAUUAUAAUUGUGUUUAAUAAUUAUUUGAUUUAACUAUGUCUGUAUGUGCUAACAAUGCAAUCUUUAGUAGUUCGUCAAUUUCUUAAUGUUAGAUGUUUUUCUAAUAAAUAUGGAAGUCUCAAUAAUAAAUAAAUGCUUGAAUAAUUUUGGUACUCUUUAGUUUAUGUAGAUGUGCUAGUAUUUUUGUCAUUUAUUAAAUUUGGAUUCAAGGAAUAAUUAAACUUGCCAUUU